UAUAUCUCGUGUUAUUGUCUGACGUAGCUAGCUAGCCAACUAGAGUCGAUUAGUAGGUAGCUGGUAAAAUCUAGGUUUUUGUUGAAAUUAUAACAAAGUAUUUUAACCAAAGCACAUAAAGAAUGAGAAGAGUUACAUUAUUUGUUAACGGGAAAUCUAAAAAUGGCAAGGUUGUAGCGGUGUAUGGGACCUUGUCUGACUUACUCUCAGUAGCAAGCAAUAAGCUAGGAAUCAGAGCCUCUUGUUUAUACAAUGGAAAGGGUGGUCUUAUAGACGACAUUACCCUUAUAAGAGAUGACGACGUGCUUUUUGUGUCAGAAGGAGAUCCGUUUAUUGAUCCUCAAAGUGAAGCCAAAGUUACAUCUGGUUUGCAUGGAGCACACACGGAUUGGCUGACCCUUAAUAUUGGUGGACGUCUCUUCACUACCACCAGGAGCACCUUGGUCAGCAAGGAACCAGAUAGUAUGCUUGCUCACAUGUUUCGAGAGAAAGACGAGUGGGGCAACAAGCAGGAUGAGCAUGGGGCCUAUCUGAUCGACCGCAGCCCUGAAUACUUUGAGCCAAUUCUCAACUACUUGAGACAUGGUCAGCUCAUUAUCAAUGAAGGCAUAAAUAUACGAGGUGUCCUUGAGGAGGCACGGUUCUUUGGAAUUGAGCAGCUUGCUGAACAGCUGGAAGGAGCAAUCAAGAAUUCACAGCCACCUGAUGACCACUCUCCUAUUUCCCGCAAGGAGUUUGUUCGUUUCCUUCUGGCAACACCCACCAAGUCUGAGCUCCGCUGUCAGGGACUUAAUUUCAGUGGUGCCGAUCUGUCCCGGCUUGAUCUGCGCUACAUCAAUUUUAAAAUGGCUAAUCUUAGCCGCUGCAAUCUGACACAUGCCAACCUGUGCUGUUCCAACCUGGAGCGGGCUGAUCUUUCUGGAGCCAACCUGGAUGGUGCUAACUUACAAGGGGUGAAGAUGCUCUGUUCCAAUGCCGAGGGAGCUUCCCUCAAAGGAUGCAACUUUGAAGAUCCAUCUGGACUGAAGGCCAACCUGGAAGGUGCUAACCUGAAAGGAGUUGACAUGGAAGGAAGCCAAAUGACCGGUAUCAAUCUGCGUGUGGCCACUUUGAAAAAUGCAAAGCUGAAGAACUGUAACCUGCGGGGAGCCACUUUAGCAGGGACUGAUCUUGAGAACUGUGACCUGUCUGGCUGUGAUCUACAGGAAGCCAACCUGAGAGGGUCCAAUGUGAAAGGAGCAAUUUUUGAAGAGAUGCUGACCCCUCUGCAUAUGUCACAGAGUGUCAGAUAACUUAAAAACACAACUGCAAGUGUGUGGACCAUGGCUGGCUUUUUUAACACUCUGUUUCUCCAGUCAGCCUCUCCUUCACUCCCCUACCAUCAGUCUCUCUCUACCUGUCUGCAGGACAGGCAGUUAUAUGCACAUCCCUGGCAUUCCACCAAUAUUAUGUUAGCUUUAAAUAUCUUGCACUAGAAUAUAUCCAGGGUUGUUGAUUUAUGUUAGUAUGGUAGAGUGUUUUUAAAUGUUCAGCUGCAUUUAUCACCAAAACAAAGAAAUGUUCCUAGUCUAUGUAGAUGUGUAUGGAUGCAAUCCAACGACUAUACUCAUUUAAUGUGUUGCAUAAGUUAUAUUCACUUCAUAUUGCUUGAUGUGUUAAUGGGAGUUGGAAUCAGACCAUCUGUGUGCAGUCAGGGUCAGAGCACUGAGCGUCAGUGGAUGCUGCUGCAGCAGAAAUCAAAGGAGUCCUUUUCCAAUAAUUGUUGUUACGUGUUCCUCUUUAAGUGUGUAACUUAAUUUUGCUGGAUUCAACAUAUUCUAAAGGAAGCAAUGCAAGCCAAAGCCAUACUAUAGCACAGUUUAUAAGGCAAAAAGUGCUAGUAGUGCAUCGUGUAACUAUGCGGCAGGCUAGUUAUAAACACAGCUUGGGUAUGCAAAACUUGAUCUACAGUUGUAAGGUUUGUCCUUUUCCUUCUUUCAAACAGUGUGCUCUUUAAAAGCUUUCCCUUGUUUUUAGCUCUGUGAAUCUACCUCUUUUUUUAUUAGUGAGUUAUCCACAAUUGCAUGCAUUUGAAGGUGGCACUACUUAUUGUGAAUAUAAUCCAACUUGGUGUGGUAUAACAUAAAGCUGUUGUCAAGUGUCCAUGUAGUCAACGUGGGUUUGCCUGGAAAAAUGCUCCAUGUAUCGAUGUAUAUCACUUAAUCAUGCUUUGAAUGUCUUCGCACAAGUUAGUGUCAACUUGUAACUUGUUAUAUCUUUUCACCAAAAAUGUUUGGUGCUUGUAAUCUUAUGUAAAUCAAAUCCAGUGCUUCCAAAUCUUCCCCAGAAAAUGAUUAUUAGAGUAGGCAGGUUGCGUGUUGAGGAUCUCGUGUCCGUUCUUACUGGACGGUGUCUUGUUUGCAUGUGUAAAGAGCUCUGUCUUUGAAUGGUGAGGUUUCUCUAGCUGUAGCUCAAAGCUGCUCUAAUGCAAUAUUAUUCACUCAGUUCAAUAGUAGGUACCCAACCUGUGAGAGUGAAUGAUGAAGGCAAUCAUAUUGUGUAUUUCACCUUGAGUGUGAAAAUCAAUAAAAGAGCUAUGAUUAUUUAUUUUAAUACAUCUCAGUGAAUGCAAUCUGGGGCAAAGGUUGGUUUUUGUUUGAGACAGGGAGCGGUGUAGGUCUCCCUUAUUGCACUCGACCAUGGAAAUAUAUUUCCAUAAAUGACUGUUAUAAAUAAACUGCUAUGAAG